UCUUAUUUUUCCCUUGUUUUCCCAGACUCAAUCUCCACUUUUUUCAUUCUUCCUUGAUUUCAGAUCCUCUCAUUGACCUCGCAGCUCUUGCUUGCUUGGGGAGCUUGGACAGCUAAGGAUCAGGGUACAAGACUCAGCAAUCCACACAUGACACUGGCUGCCCAUAACAUAUUGUUUGAGAGCCAGGGGUGGAUGGAGUGGGAGGAAGCCAGCAAGUUUGAUAUACCUGCAUCACUGCUGAGCAUGGAGAGGCAGCAUCAGCAACCUGCUGCCUGUCUCCAAGCUAUGCCUGGUCCUGAGAAACUGGUGUAUUUUCCAGGUUCAAAGCUCUUUACUAAAAUCACUUAACUGAAAGGAAUAAGAAUUAGUAAGAUGGUAAAACUAUUCUGAUACAAGAAUCACAUGUCUAGUGCCUCCUUCAUGGCAGAGUAAAAUGGUGACAGGAUCUGAGAUGGGCCGAAAUGGAUAUCUGCUAUAACUUUGUUUAUACCUGAAAUGACACUUCAUCCUUUGAGCAAUAUACCUCAUCGUGAUUGAAGAAAGGGCGAUACAGCUGCUACAUACCUAGCAGCUAAAUAGAAAGCAGGUGAAACACAAGGGUUCUUUCAUAACACAGUUCUUGUCUCCUUUCCAAGCUUGACUGCUUAAGACCCUAACAAUCUGUGAUGAGCUGAUAGACAAAUAGUGUAGUAUCCCAAGGUUUGAUGGAAGAAUUAAAACAAAGAGGGAAGUAAUACACUGGGAAGUAAAUUUCAGUUUUAUAAAUAAUAUUCCUGUUUAAGGAUUUAAAUGUUAAAAUAUCAUGCUCAUCUUCUGCUUCCACCUCCUUCCACCCUCCAGGUAAGCUCCAUGUCUGUCUCACAUGUCCGGUGCUGUCAUGCAGCUCAUAAAGAUCUCUGUGGCUCUCUGCUGCCAACAUGUCCAGCAACACACUUUCCUGUCUGUGCAUGGAACCCAGAUUCCUUUUGUAGGUCCUCGAUAUCCUCAGCAAAAAGGAAUUUCAUUGAUUCAUACCCAGAGGCUUCCAGUUUUCUGAGGGGGGCUCGUGUGUUGGCCAGAAGAGAAGCUGAUGGCUAUUACUACCUAGGGCACAUUGCCCAGGAGGUGAAGGGCUCCAGGGAGCGCUUUUUAAUUGAGUUUGACAGGAGUGGCACUCUGAAAGGCAAGGCACAGCUUCGAAUACAGGAAACCCCUCUCUACGACAUUCUCCACUAUGAAGAUGCCAGGCGACAGCCGCUUGCUCCAGGAGACAGGGUCUUAGCACCGUGGGAGGCUAGAGCUGAGCGUUUUGGCCCAGGCACUGUGCUAAAGGUUCUGGAGAACAAGGAAGCAUGUUUAGCACACAACAGAAGGGGAGUGCUUGUGAAUUUCUGGAAUGGGCGGACUAAGGAGGUGUCUUCUGACCAAGCUCUGCGAAUUCCUCUGCCCUUAAGUGAACGCAUCAUCCUGGAACUGCAGAUGCCUUUAGCAGCCAGGCAGAUGGUGGUAGAUUCAAGCUUGGAUUAUCCAUACAUCGUGGCACCGGGUUAUAGAGCCUCAGGCCAUUACAGACAGGAUCCCUCAGACCUGCACUACUGGCCAAAGGGUCUGUAUUCAACUCGGCCAUGUAUUAAGUGUAGUUGUAGGUGUACCUCGCUUCCCCAUUGCAGCCUUGAAGCCUGGGAAUCUACGCAGCCUACAGGGUGCAAAGGGCAGCAAGAGGAUGUCUUCAUCCCAGGAACAAGCUUCACUAAAAAAGAGCUCAGCAAUAAAAUAGAAGAGCAAAUGUCUGAAUUGAGUAUUUCAUGCUCAGAAAGUGUUUUCAGAGAAGAAGAGGAAAUGGAAGAUAAGGGAUUGAAGACAGAAAAUCUUCCAAAUGAAGUUCAGCCUUGUUUGGAAGAGGACAAUGAAGUUACAGAACCUAAGAAGAGUCCUCAGAUGGAGAUGGCUCAUGCUAUGGUUGAUACUGCCGUCAACACAGACAGCUGGUUAAUGGAGACAGUCCACAAGGAAGAAACAGACAGCAGACAGCAGGAUGCUGAAACUGAGGCUCUUUUUAAACACAAACACGGUCUUUUUGAGUCCAGAGUCGCAGAAGCUCCAAUCCAGCAUUCCCAAGGGAACCCUUCCAUGGGAACCAGUGCUUUGGUUCCUUUCAGGUGCCAAAGCUUCUUUGACAGAGUGAAUCAAUCGCUACAGAAAGACAGCCUGACCAUCGGAUCAGCUCUGCGUACACAGAGGCCACAUAGCACCUCCAGUGGGCAGUUUAGGAGAUCCACAACUCUCAGUCUUCUAAAAGACAAAAGCAUUACAAAAUCAAUCCUUAAUGGUGUGUCUCAGGAGAGAUGGAAGGAGAUGGACUUCAACAGAGCCAAGAUUGAGCACAAAAGACGGCAAGAGGAACAGAGGCAGCUGAAGAGGGAGCAUCAGCAAGAGGCAGAUGGCAUCCGACGCCAGCUGCGCAGGGACAGUCAGAGGCAGCGAUUGCAUCAGAGAAUAUUGCAAGAGCUGGAGAAACGGCUGGAGCAAGAAGACAGAGCUUUGCAGCACAUGGCACUGCUCCAGGCUGCUAGGGCAGAGAGGAGCAGGAAGGAAUCCUUCUUCCCAGAGGAGGAGAAGAGGAAGGCAAGUCAGAGGUUACAGUUCUUAAAGACACAGUAUGUGCAGAGAAAGGAGCUGCAGGCAAAACGGAAUGAAAGGAGCUUUGAACAAGAGAAAGAAAGGCUGGAUUUUCUCAGGAGCAGAAUGCAGUCACGGCAGGAAAUGUUGGAACAAGAAUCACGGGAGCAGGACAGGCAACAAAAAAAGCAGCAGGCUGCCAAAGAGAGAGUGUUCCAGAGCAGAGACCGUUCACGCCAGAAGGUGGAGAAAGAAGGCCAGCAACUGGGUGACCUCCAGCAGUACCUCAGAGAACAGAAUCUUUUGAUGCUCCGGGCAUCGCUACUAGCAUAAGGAAGCUGCAGAGUGGGUAAGCAGGCCCUUGAGGCGUUCACAGACCUGAUCUGUAUCUUGUAGCUGUGUGUCAGUGUACCAGAGCCUGGGUGCACGAAUGCAGUUGUGACAAGUAGAAUUGUGGUUUCCAGAGAGGUCUUUCAUCUCCUUUACGUUGCAGCCAGAGUUCACUUCGGUAGAAUCAUAGAAUAGUUUGGGUUAGAAGGGACCUUCACACAUUUCUUUCUGGAGUUACUGUUCUAGUUCACCUCUGUCAAGCUGUUCUUUUGUCUCAAGCAGCCCUGCUGACAGACCCAACUCUGCAACCGAAAGCUACCUUGGUAUUUAAUGAGACACAGCCAUACUGCUGAGUUUCUGCCCCAAAGGCAUCUUGAGGUGCCCAGCUCUUUCCACAGGGCUUCAAGGAGUUGGUGCCUGUAAUGUGAAGUUGUAGUCAGAGGCUGGUGAAAGGGUCAUGAGGCAAUUCAGAGUGGAGCAGCAGGGAACCUGGGAAUUAUAAAAGUGAUUCAAAGGGCACAGGACCUAGAGUCUUCUGGCGGCAUCAGAUUGUAACUGCUUUCAAGAUGCAAAUGACAGAGAAAGGAGGAAUUAAUUAAGUGAAGGUAUGGGCAAUAGAUACAAUAGGAGGUGAAGAACAAGAAAGAUCAGGAGAAACACCCUGGGAAUGAGUCCCUUACAUGAAGUGGUGGAAGCACAGGCACAGGUUAAGUCCUGCUAACACAAGCCUGUGGGGAAAUUAAAUAAAGGCGUGAGGAGCUCCCCAUUCCGCUACUGCAUUCUGUGAACUUUCUGCCCUGCUGUGUUUCUUCCAGACCAGUGCCAGAAGAGCACAUUUAUUUCUUUAAGGUCAAGGACCACAUAAAAUAGGAAGUGUGGUUAAGUGAUGCGGUCAUAUGACUUGCCUUGCUAUGUUAAAGUUAUAUGAAAAAUGGGGAAGGAGAGCUAGACACCAGCUGGAUGCAAAACCAAAACCAACCCUGUAGCAAUGGAAAUGUACAAUGUAAAUUAUCCGCUGCAGUUUCCAUUAUUAACAACAGACUCUUACAAGUGCCCCAUUGCACAUGAGUUGUAGAGACUUGUAGAGAAGUCCCCAUACCUAUGACAAAGUUCACAGAAUCACAGAACGGUUUGGCUUGGGAGGGACCUUAAAGCUCAUCCUGUUCCAACCCCCUGCCACGGGCAGGGGUACCAUCCACUAGACCAGGUUGCCUAAGGCCCCACCCAACCUGGCCUUAGGCUUGUGCUACUUCCUGCUAAAACUGCUGUAGGGGACAGGGCAAGAAUUCAGGGACAGGUGAGGUGCUACAGAAAACGUGGUAAGACAACUUGGAACCCUCCAGCUUGGGCUCCAGGUAAGUGUCAGGGUUACGUACUGCUUGGAAUACGCAAGCCACUCCCCUCGAGGAAGAAUGAGUUACAGAAGCCUAGAAUGCAAAAAGGAAGGUGUUUUUUCAGUGACAAGACACCCUUUCCAGGCACUAUGAUGUGAAAAAUGUCUGUUACCUGCUGUAUCUGUCUCUGGAGAAUCACUAAACCCUGUGCUGGGCUUGGCAGUCUGUUUUGCCUACAAUCUUGUGUUCAGGCUGGCAGUCUCCAACAGCAGGUAAUCUUAGACCAGAAGGAUACUCAGGUAUCUUUGCAGAUAGGGCACCUGGUCAGAAUAAACAGACUUUUUGUUCACCAUGAAUAA